AGACAAAUCCCAGAGAACAUUUCAGCGGAAAAUGGAUUCGGCAUCUCUGGCUUCUCUCGCGCCUUCUCUCGCGCCUUCUCUCGCGCCUUCUCUCGCGCCUUCUCAUACGCAGCAGAAUCUUCACAGAGUCUUCGUCUACGGCAGUCUCUUGUCUGAUGAAGUCGUCCAUAUCCUCUUGAAGCGCACUCCUCAGUCCUCUGCUGCCGUCCUCAAUGACUAUCAAAGAUUAAGCAUUAAAGGACGAGUUUAUCCAGCGAUCAUACCUGUUGAUGGCAAGAAAGUAUCUGGCAAGGUUCUUUCAGGCAUCACAGCCACCGAAUUGGAUAUUUUAGACGCAUUUGAGGAUGUUGAAUACAAAAGGAGCACAGUUGAGGUCACUUUAACGGCUAUAGAUGACCUUUUGCUGGACAGUCUUGAGAAGUUAUUAGUUUAUGUCUAUAUUUGGAACAACGAAAGGGAUCCAGACCUGUAUGGAGAUUGGGAUUUUGAGGAGUGGAAGCGAGUUCAUCUGGAUGCUUACCUGGAGAUGGUCAAUGAGUUUAUAGAAGAAUUUGAGCAUCAGCCCCCACAAGAACCAUGCGCGGCCGUUGAUGAAGCAGGACAGCGAUGCGAACAACCACUGCACUCUCCAGCACAAGAAGAACCUUCGAAACUAAACGGCGAGUAACCUGUCGCAGCUUCGUACCUCUGCUGAAUCUGGUGGGAUUGACCAGAACCCACAGUAACUCAAGUUUUAGGUCACUCGGUAUUGCAGUCUCCUCUCUUUGCACCCCACUCGGUAUUGCUUUCAAAACAAGACAAUUUCAAUAUUUAUUUGAACCUAAUUCAAUCCAAAUAAAUUGAUAAUACAACUCA